GGGAAACAGGUCAGGACUUGACUUCCUGCUCUUGGGCGUCCUAGAAGGAGACAGCUCGUUUUGGGGAGUCUCAGGGUUGGUUAAGGUGGGAAUUCUUGGGCCCAGGAGAAAUCUCGAGAGAGCUGGCUGGAAACUGAGACUUCUGACUUGAGAUCUCUCUGCCUCCUGCAAGGCAGUUCUGUAGGUGCAGGUCCCAGGUUAGCCCCCUGUCCAGGAAAAGAAGCGAAUGACAUCUAUUCAGUUAUAAUCAUCCCCUCCCAACAGCCUGCAGAGGACCAAGGCCUGGCCCAAGCAGGGAGCCUGAAACCAGAGGAAAUGGCCCCUGGGAGCUGCAGACCCCCAUCCCAGGAGUUAGUGACCUUUAAGGAUGUGGCUGUGCACUUCAGCCCUGAGGAGUGGGAUCUGUUGGACCUGGAUCAGAAAGAGCUGCACAAGGAGGUCAUGCUGGAGAAUGCCGAGAACUUGCUCUCCCUGGGACUUCCAGUUCCCAGAGAAGAUUUCAUCUCCUAUGUGGAUAGAGGAGAUCUGAGGAACUCCUGUCCUGAUUCAGAGACAUGGUUUGAUAUGAAGGAGAUGAAUGCAAAUCUGAAAAUGAUCUCUUGGAAAGACCUUUUUCAAUAUAGUGAAUACAGGGCUAUUCUUGCUAAGCAGAAAAGCAACUAUACUGGACAGGAACAUUGUGAAUGGAAUACACAGAAAAAAGCUUUAACAAAGAGUUCCACUAUUUCUAAAGAUAAGAAUAUACAUCCUGAAGAGAACAAACCUGAGUGUCAUGAAUGUGAUAAAGCUUUUCUUGUAUCCUCUUCCCUUGUCAAGAACCAGAGAAUCCAUGCUGGAGAAAAAUCUCAUGAAGGUAAGAAACAUGGAAAGAUUUUGAGAAAGCGAUCUACUCCUGCUAAACAUGAGAGAAUUUGCACAGAAAAACAAUCUUACAAAUGUAAUGAAUGUGGAAAGGAUUUUCAAUGUUAUUCCAGUUUGGCUCAACAUCAGAGAAUCCACACUGGAAAAAAACCUUAUGAAUGUAAUCAUUGUGGAAAGAGUUUCAGAUGCAACUAUAAACUUGCUGUCCAUCAGAGAAUCCACACUGGAGAGAAGCCUUAUGAAUGUAAAAAAUGUGGAAAGGCUUUCACACGGAGUGACAGUCUUCGGGAACAUCAGAAAAUCCACACUGGAGAGAAGCCUUAUGAAUGUAACGAAUGUGGAAAGGCUUUCAUGGAUCGCUCCCAUCUUGCUGACCAUCAGAGAAUCCAUACUGGAGAGAAGCCUUAUCAAUGUAAUGAAUGUGGAAAGGCUUUUGUACGCAGUUACAGUCUUCAUGAACAUCGCAGAAUUCACACAGGAGAGAAGCCUUAUGAAUGUAAUAAAUGUGGAAAGGAUUUUACAAAGCUCUCCUCCCUUGAUGUACAUCAGCGAAUCCACACUGGAGAGAAGCCUUAUGAAUGUAAGGAAUGUGGAAAGGCUUUCACAUAUCAUUCCAGUCUUGCUGUCCAUCAAAGAAUCCACACUGGAGAAAAACCUUAUGAAUGUUGUCAGUGUGGAAAGACUUUCAGAUGCAACUCUAAACUUGCUGCCCAUCACAGAAUCCACACUGGAGAGAAACCUUAUAAAUGUAAUGAAUGUGGAAAAUCUUUCACAGAUUGCUCCAGUCUUGCUGUCCAUCAGAGAAUCCACACUGGAGAAAAACCUUAUGAAUGUAAUCAGUGUGGAAAGAGUUUCAGAUGCAACUCUAAACUUGCUCUACAUCAGAGAAUCCACACUGGAGAGAAGCUUUACAAAUGCAAUGAAUGUGCAAAGACUUUCACAUCUCACUCGAAUCUUGCUGUCCAUCAGAGAAUCCACACUGGAGAAAAACCUUAUGAAUGUAAUCAGUGUGGAAAGAGUUUCAGCUGUAACUCUAAACUUGCUCUACAUCAGAGAAUUCACACUGGAGAGAAGCCUUAUGAAUGUAAUGAAUGUGGAAAGACUUUCACAUAUCGCUCCCAUCUUGCUGUCCAUCAGAGAAUCCAUACUGGAGAGAAGCCUUAUGAAUGUAAUGAAUGUGGAAAAACUUUUACAUAUGGCUCCCAUCUUGCUGUCCAUCUGAGAAUCCACACUGGAGAGAAGCCUUAUGAAUGUAACAAAUGUGGAAAGGCUUUCACACACUGCUCUAGUCUUGCUGACCAUCAGAGAAUCCACACUGGAGAGAAGCCUUAUGAAUGUAACGAAUGUGGAAAGGCUUUCACAAAGCGCUCCUACCUUGUAGCACAUAAGAGAAUCCACACUGGAGAGAAGCCUUAUGAAUGUCAUGAAUGUGGAAAGACUUUCAUACAGAGCUCUAGUCUUCGUGAACAUCAAAGAAUACACAGUGCAGAGAAGCCUUAUGAAUGUAAUGAAUGUGGAAAGGCUUUCAUAUAUCGCUCCUACCUUGAUGUACAUCAGAGAAUUCACACUGGAGAGAAGCCUUAUGAAUGUAAUGAAUGUGGAAAGGCUUUCAUAAAUCGGUCCUCCCUUGCUCUACAUCAGAGAAUCCACACUGGAGAGAAACCUCAUGAAUGUAAUGAAUGUGGAAAGGCUUUCACAAAUCGUAGCAAUCUUACUUCCCAUCAGAGAGUUCACACUGGAGAGAAGCCUUAUGAAUGUAAUGAAUGUGGAAAGGCUUUCACAAAGCGUAGCAAUCUUACUUCCCAUCAGAGAAUCCAUACUGGAGAGAAGCCUUAUGAAUGUAAUGACUGUGGAAAGAUUUUCACGUGGCGCAGCCAUCUUACUUUCCAUCAAAGAAUCCACACUGGAGAGAAGCCUCAUGGAGGUAAUGACUGUGGAAAGGCUUUCACAUGGCACAACAGUCUUGGUGAACAUGAGAAAAUCCACAUUAAACAGAAAUCUCAUGAAUGUGGAAACCUUCAGGCAAAGUUCAAAUCUUGCUUAACUGAGAGUGCACAUUAGAGGAAAACUUUUGAGUUUCUGGAUCAUGGUAAAGUUUUUCAUAUAUAUAAAUAUAUAUAUAUAUGACUGACUAGACAUGGGAGAUCCCAUACUAGAUGCAAAACUUCAUUUAUAUAAUCCACAUCAAAAAACAUUCAGGCUCACUUCAUCCCUGAAUUGCCUCCACAAAAUUCCUAGAUGAUUGAAAUCAUGGAUAAUGGCAUAAAGAUGCAGGACAGAACUCGUUAAUCAGGGAUUUUCUACUUGGGAAGAAGUCUUCUAUGGACUUGGUACGGGAAGGUCUGUAGCUCAGGUUCAUCUGAGUUUACAUCUGAGGAUAAUGAGUGGAGAGACGACUUAUAAAUGUGCUGAAGGCAAAGGAGGACUUGCCCUUAUUUGGAAGAUAAGGGUCAUUAUAAAUCACAAUAUUCCCACUGCAAAGAAAUAUUAUACAGAUGUAUUUUCUGAAAGGCUGGAUCUCAUCCUUUGUGUAGAAAUCUUAUUGCAGAUGAAACAUGUGAAUAUAAUGAAGGAGAGAGGCCCUCUUCCUACAGCAGAGAUCUCAUUAGAUGUUGCAAUUUUAUACUGUGUAUAAAGGUCAGGAAAAAGAUGUAGUUUUUCUCUGAAAUCCCAAGAUUGGUAUCCAAAGAAGGGUUUCCAUUUUGCCCUUAUCUUGCUAAUAGUAUCAGGUGGAUUUGUAGGGAAGUGAGGCCUUUUCAGAAAGCUGACACCCAGAGGAGUGCCAUAGUUUAGGGCUACAAUUCCAGAAAAACUCUCCUCCUUGUACCCUUGCUUAGUCUUGCAUGAACCACUUUGCCACAUCAGCAAGCUUUGUAAUGUAUAGUUAUUGUUCUUAAGUGGAAUGGGUUCCUAUGACACAUUGUGAGCCUGAUAGAAAGUCUGGGAUAGCUGGAGUCCACUGGUGAAAUUACUCAGUCCAGAGUGUAAAAAAUCGUGGUCAGUCACCUAUACUUCCUUCCUUCACUAGAUUGCACUAUUUGAGGUGAUGCCCUAUUCCUGCAGAAAUGAAAUCAACUGCUUUCUGCUCUGACUCUGAGAAAAGUGUAGUUGAACUAUUUGGGGUUGGUGGUUAUUGUCCCAAACGGUGUGAUAUAUAAGUUCUGAUCUUGUAUUUGACAAGUGGAAAAAGUAAAGACUUGGGGAAUAAGACUUUAAGAAGGGUUCAUGUCCUAAGAAGACAUUUACAGAAUUUCCUAUACAUUGUUUUUCAAAUAUCAGUAUUUCUAAGAAAACAUUUCCCUCUAAAUUCCAAAAUGAGAAAAAUCAGAAUAAAAAUAAUGCAUAAAUAAUGUUUUUGAAACAUGAGAGAAAAUUGUCAAAUAACAUGAAUUCAGUUGAUUAUCUUAGACUUAUCUCAUGUUGCUGCCUAUCCAGCCCUAGCAGCCACCCUGUGAGCUGCUAGACCUUGGUGGGGGUAGGGCUGGAGGAUAAGUUGCCAUGGAGCACAGGUCAGGUGAGAGAUAAGAGCAAACUCCAUUUAUUCAUCUGAAGAUAAGGGUUUUUAUAUCUUUCACCAAGGCAAUAUUGUGUUCUCCCAAGAACAUUAAUCUUUUUUCAUGGGACUAUACACUAUGAAUCACAGUUUCCUCCCUUCCUUGCAAUCUCCAAGGACAUGCUUUUCCCUAGAGACAGAACAGAAGGGUGGUGAGCCACCAUCCUGAGUUCUCACAGCUAUCAAACAGGGGACAACCUGAGCUGGUCUAUAUCCUCUGCUUCCUCAGAGGUGGCCCUCAACAUCUCCUCGUUCUUCUGUGCUACCUUGAGAUAAAAGAAGGGAUGCUUGAAGCUCAUCUAAGGAGUGGUACAGGAGGAAACAUGUUAGGGUAACAAAAUAUAUCCAAGGCAGAAAAUGCAACAGCAAGCUUGAUACAUUGUUAAAAGAAUUGCGUUGACUGAUGCAGUUCAAUUUGCAAUAUCAUGAGGAUCAAUAUCAAGAACAUGAGAAUCAGCUAUUUUAUGUUGUAUCUUAGACAAUUGACUGAUUUUCCAUGUAAUAUUUUCAGAAUGCCAAAGCACCCUGUAGCUUGUUCAAUACUUGCUCAAUAGUUCAUUUGGUAAAGUUGAAUAUACAUAUUACGCAGAUAAAAUAAUGAUGAUCAGGUUCCCAAGUGAAACAAGUUUCUAAUUGUACACCUUAUGUGGGGCUGGGUUUAGGGCUAGUUCUGACACUUUUCCUCAGGCUGGGUCUGGAGCUGGGGGCUAGGCAAAAACUUAGUUUUGCCCAAUAGCCCAGCUGAAGAGCUCCCAAAAAAGGCCUCAAUUAAAGCACAGCUCAUAAAUUACCUUCAGGUAUUUUCAAGUUGAAAAGCAUUUCCAUCAAUUAAAUGGGAGUUACGGUUUUUUCCUUUUACACUCAUUUUGCUGUCCCAACCGGAUUCACAAAGCAAUGUGUGUUAGAAACAAAUAGGUUUUUUAAAACCUAUUUUUUAAUUUAAAAAUAUUCUAAUAAUUUGCACUUUCUAUAGCACAGCAACCAUGAACUAUCUUGUAAAAUGGUGCAGACAUAAGACGUGGUAAAAUGCACAGCAUUUUUCUCACAAAUAAUUCCCUAGCAUUCUAUGAUGGUCUGUGUUAUAAUCUCAGAAAAAAAACAGUCACCAGAUACUAUUUAAUUUUUAUAAUACACAAAAUCUACAGUAUUAUAGACAAUAGAAUUCUUAAAUUGAAAACAUUUUUAUCUUACCUUGUUUUCUGCCAGAUGAUGGUACCUCUUUGUUUUCAAAAGACCAAAGAAGUUGCUAUAUCUUUAAGUGACUUAUGUCUUGAGAUAUCAAGCCUGCUCAGUCCUUGACAAUCAUCCCUUACAAUGAGUCCUUGACCUGAGGUGGAAGUUGUUGGAGAUCAUAAAGAAUGCACCACCUGGAAAUACUCCCUCAGCAACAUCUGCUUCUGCACUUUUUGAGAUCCUUAUGCUUAUCGGAGCACAGGAACAUAGCAGAGGCAGGUUGAUGGCUCACAAACUUGUUUUAAUUCUAAUUUUUUUUUCUCUUCUAUCUGUAGACAAGUGAAAAUAAAGUUAGGAGUAAAAUCAUGCAAUGGUAGAAGGCAUAAAAAUUAACCCCAUGAAUGUUACAUACUGACAGUAAAUGAGAGCAAAGGAAGAAUGAAUUCUCCACGAAAUGAAACAACUUGUCACAUGAAGAACACAAUUUUAUGCCAAUGAAAAACUCUGAAUAUUAGACUAUACUCAAAAUCAAUGAUCUUUGAGAAAAAAAAAUAUUGCAAGAUCUAAUGUAAUGUUCUUUAAAAUAUAGUGUUCUCUGGGAGCA